CCUAAUGUGGAUGUUACAAAAGCAGAAGAGUCCAGUCCACCUUAAAAACGCAGCUCCGCUCACUGUACAGACACAUUUCCUGAAAACGCCCCGUGUGAGAGAGAAAAAGAAAACUCUGAAUAAUAAUCAUAAGGCGGCGUUGUUUAUCCAAAGAAAGAGGGGGGUUGGACAUCGGCUCAGAUCGGUGCCAGAACUUUUCUUUACUUCCAUCUCCUUCCCCUCCAGCGAACUCGCUCAGCGGCGGCCGCGAUCUUCGCCCUUUUAGCCGAGCAGGUCAGCAGCGGUGACCGCCCACAGGAGCUGUCAGCGCGGCUCCGGACCUCCGCAGCACCCCAAACCCCGGCUUCCUCAGCAUGACUCACGGACUAACCCGCUGAAGACUCGCUCCGCCGUGUGUGUGGAUGGAUGGGGGAGACUCGCGUGGCUUAAGCAGCAGUUUGUGACACAGUCGAGAGACACCGAGUGACAACCAUGUUCGGGAACCCCGGGACGUACGCGAACAAGAAGAGGAAGAAGCCCGUCCUCAAGCAGAAGAAGAUCUCCGACGGCCAUGAAGUUGUCAAGUCGAACCCGUCGAAGCGCCACCGGGAUCGGCUGAACGGGGAGCUGGACCGGCUCAUGGACCUGCUGCCCUUCAACGAGGACGUCCGGUCCCGUCUGGACAAGCUGUCGGUGCUUCGCCUCAGCGUCGGAUACCUGAGAGUCAAGAGCUUCUUCAAAGCGACGAUAAAGAACAACCACAGCGGUCUGGGCUUUCCUGGGAGCAACGGCAGCAACGGCAGCAACGGCAGCAACGGGAGCAACGGGAGCAACGGGAGCAACGGGGACAACGUGGCGUUUACCGAAGGAGAUCUGCUGCUGCAGGCGCUGAACGGCUUCGUGAUGGUGGUGACGGCGGACGGUCUGGUGUUCUACGCCUCGCCGACGGUCAAAGACUACCUGGGCUUCCACCAGUCGGACGUCGUCCACCAGAGCGUGUUCGAGCUGAUCCACACCGACGACCGCUCGCUGUUCAGGGAGCAGCUGCACUUCGCUCUCAACCCGCCGCCGGCCGCCACAGACGGAGACGGCAUGCAGCUGUGUGGGAACACGGUGGCCUACAAACCCGAGCAGCUGCCUCCAGAGAACUCGUCCUUCCUGGAGAGGAGCUUCGUGUGUCGCUUCCGCUGCCUGCUGGACAACUCCUCCGGCUUCCUGGCGCUGAAGUUCCAGGGCCGACUCAAGUACCUCCACGGCCAGAGUCUGCUGCGAGACAACGGCGGCCGGAGCCACCCUCAGCUGGCCCUGUUCGCCAUCGCCAUGCCGGUGCAGCCGCCGGCCAUCGUGGAGAUCCGAACCAAGACGCUGCUGUUCCAGAGCAAGCACCGGCUGGACUUCACGCCGAUGGGCAUCGACAGCAGGGGGAAGAUCAUUCUGGGAUACUCGGAGUUCGAGCUGUGCACCAAAGGCUCCGGCUACCAGUUCAUCCACGCCGCCGACAUGAUGUACUGCGCCGACAACCACAUGCGCAUGAUUAAAACCGGAGAGAGCGGUCUGACGGUGUUCCGGCUGCUCAGUAAGUCGGGCAGCUGGGUUUGGGUCAAGUCCAACGCCAAGCUGAUCUACAAAGGAGGACGGCCCGAGUUCAUCAUCGCCUACCAGCAGGCUCUAGUUAACACUGAGGGGGAGGAGCAUCUGCGUCAGCGCCGCCUCCAGCUGCCCUUCAGCUUCACCACCGGGGAGGGCGUCCUCUACAACACCGGGCCCACCGUGGACGUCACGCAGUUCCAGUACAACAAGAAGUUCGGCAGCACGGAGGUGAAGAAGGACACGGCUCCUCGGUCCCUGCUGGACUGUUUCCUGAUGCAGGACGAAGCCGCCUACACCCAGACGGUGGAGGCUCCUCUACCUGUGGACCAGGUGUUCAUGGACAGCCAGGCGCUGCUCAAAGUCACCAACGAGUCCGACGCCGGAGAGCCCAGCGUGGUGAAGGAGGAGGCCAAGCAGUCGGUGGUGGCCGUGAUCGAGAGCCUGGAGAAGAUGGCGCAGAGCGGCGAAUUCAGUACCACGCUGCAGAACCUGGAGAUGGGCGACGCCGAGCUGGCGGAGUUGGAGAACGUCCUGAAGAGGAUGAGCCAGGAGGACGGUCAGCAGAGCGACGUGAGGUCGGACCUGGACAGCAUCCUCACUGAAAACAUCUUUGACUACGUGGACAGCGUCCUGUUCAAAGAGAAGGGCGAGGACCUGCUGAACACCCCACCCAGCUGCCUGACCGGACUAAACCCGCUCCAGAACCCCUUCACUCAGUCCUCAGCCGGCAAGCUCUGCGAGCCGCCGCUGUUCCCCACGCCGAGCCCCGACCGCACUUUAUCUCCCAUGAACGCCCUCUUCGCCCAGCAGGUCAACGGAGGCGGGAUCUCCGCACCGGGCGUGGGUUCUGCUCAGGUGUUCGGCGGCACCCAGAGACUGGCCCACCAAGGCCCUCCGACCGGCAGCAGCCUCCCGCCGCUGCAGCAGCUGCAGCUUCACGACAUCUUCAGCCCGUCGAUCGAGCUCCCGCCGCUCACCGUCCCCAACAUCUCAGCCGAUGACGCCUUGGCAACAUUUCAGUCCUGCGCUCAGGCGUCGGUCCGGCAGACGGGCUGCCAGCAGGGCAUCGGUGGUCCCGUCCAGCAGGCCGACCAGCUCCUGCUGCGUCAGAACCACCCUGCUGCGAUGCUGCAGGGCUCGGUUCAGCAACCCAACAGUGUAGCGCCUCUGAUGGACACCUUGCCUCCCCUGAUUCCCUGCACUGACUUUAGCUCCUCUAACACGUCUGACGUUCCCGUCGGCUUCCCCUCGCCGUGUCUGCAGGGAAACCUGCCGUUCAAUCCGCCCGGCCGCCCCCUGCAGCAGUGGAACCAGAACCAGCAGCAGAAGCUGCCUCACGCCGGCAUCGUGCCCAACGGACACCAGGCCAUGCCGGCGUUCCAGAGCCAAAACCCACAGAGCCAAACAUUCCCGUGUGCUGGCUUAUGGCCGCGGGGCGUCACCGGACUGAACCAGCAGGGGGCGCUGCCGGGGGGCCAGGCGGCCAAUCACAGCAGCUGCAUGUUCGACCAGCACUUUUCUACCAGCCCUCAAGGCGGCGACGUCCUGCCUCCCUCCGGGGCUCCGGGCCUCAGGGGGGCCGCCCCCUCUCUGGACCAGAGCCCCGCCCAGGCCUCCUGCUACUACCAGUGGAACCACAGUGAGCCGGUGGUCGGGUCGUCGGCCAUCCGCCAGGACAACGCCAACAUCAGCCCGCUCGCCGCUCCGCCCAACAUGUCCGCCGCAGAGUACGCUCGGAGCAUCCAGCACUACCUGCAGAGCAACGGGCAGACACAGCAGACUAACGGCGGCGGCGGCGGCGGGAUGUUCGUGGUGCCGCCUCACGACCUUUCCUCGUAUCUGAUGGAGUGAAGCUUCGUGCAGAAGGACGAACGCCAGCGCUCCUCCACAGACUGUUAUAGGUUUUAUAUCCCCGUUUCAUAUAUGUUUUAUAUAUAUCUAUCUAUCUAUUUACUGUCUGUCGUGUCUGAAGCUCGUCGCCGUUGCUCCAGUGAAGAUACACUAUGAUAAGAUGAAGUAUGAAGCCACAGGGCCUUCAGCAGGACGCAGUCCAGCUGAGUCCAAACAGCCAAAGAUGUGUGAUAAGGGAAACUAGAUUACUGCCAAGAUUUUAAAAUCUGAUGUUUUUUUAAAAAAAUGAAAUAUCUAAAUGGAAAUGUUUUCUAAAAGAAUUUGUAAUCUUUGUAAAAACAACUCGAGACUCACUGAGAGUGAGAGCGCUGUGCCUUCCACUUAAUAUUAUUACAGAUACAACAAUCUGUGUGUUUGAAAUGAAACCCUCAAAGUGGUUGAUGUAUGAAUUUAAUUUGUACGUU